GUUACUUGUAAGAGAGACAUUUUGAUGAGCUCUUUAGUAAAUCUUAAGUAUGCUUUAUGUAUAUUUGCCUGUGGAGUCAAGGAACUGGAGUGCGUGGCUUCAGAUUUGUACAUAUAUGGCAGAUAGAUAGAUAUGAUUCCAUGUCCUCUUACUUCCCUGUAAGCUACUUAACUUUGGUUCCAGACCUUGAGGUCCAUAGCCCCAGAUAUGUUAGGCAGGUAUCUGUGAUAAGUCUCAUAAUAUGACAACACAUGUUUGGCUCCCACUGUAUUGUUGGAGUCCAAUUAGCCCAUCAACACAAAUAAGCUAAUUUAGUCAGAUCACUUCUCAGUUUUUAGAGUCAAUGUAGAUUGUGUUAUUGGAGGAGAGGAUUGCCUCUUGGUUUUACUGUGGGCUGUAUUAAGGUUAUUUAGUUGACCUAAUUUGUGCAUUAUUGUAUAUUUUAAUGAUUGAUCAAGUGUAACUCUGACUCCCCAGACUUUCUCCCACUUGUAUUAUUGUGAGAAAACUACACUAUUAAGCCUCCUCCCCCCAAACUAAUUCAUACUCACUAUUUCCUACCUUAACUGCUGGUUACAAUUUUUUUUUCUGUAUGAUUUCCUUAAUUUUAAAAUGUAUCAAAAUGCCAGAGAUGCUUUCAUAGCAUACAAGGUGAGGAAAGUAAUAUCUUUUAUUGGACCAACUUCUGUUGGUCAGAGCUCACCCACCUUGUGUCUUGUAUACUGGGACCAACAAGGCUACAACACUGCAUGUAACCAUGAGAUGCUUUGAUACCCAUUACGAUUUCUAAAGGGUAUGUGGAUUAUUCUGGACAUCUGUGAACUACUAAUGUGGUAGUUUUCAAUGAAUGAAUGAAGCAAAGCACAGCAGAAUUAUGAUAGAAUCGUAGGACUGGAAGGGACCUUGAGAGGUCAUCUAGUCCAGCCCCUGGCACUCAUGGCAGGACUAAGGGUACGUCUUCACUACCCGCCGUAUCGGCGGGUAGCAAUCGAUUUAUCCGGGAUCGAUAUAUCGCGUCUCGUUAAGGCGCGAUAUAUCGAUCCCCAAACGCGCUCACCGUCGACUCCGGAACUCCACCAGAGUGAGCGGCGGUAGCGCAGUUGACAGGGGAGCCGUGGCCGUCGAUCCCGCGCCGUCUGGACCCCAGGUAAUUCGAUCCAAGAUACUUCGACUUCAACUACGCUAUUCACGUAGCUGAAGUUGUGUAUCUUGGAUCGAUCACACACACCCCCCCCCAGUGUAGACCAGCCCUAAGUAUUAUCUAGACCAUCCCUGACAGGUGUUUGUCUAACCUGCUCUUAAAAAUCUCCAGUGAUGGAGAUUCCACAACCUCCCUGGGCAAUUUAUUCCAGUGCUUAACCACCCUGAUAGGAAGUUGUUCCUAAUGUCCAACCUAAACCGCCCUUGCUGCAGUUUAAGCCCAUUGGCAAUUUAAGCCCAUUAUGGCUUAACAUGGGAAAAUAUUGAUGUGAAAUUUGCUUGCAGCCUGGGCUAAGGACAUCCUAAGAUGCACAUGAUGUGGCAGUUCUAACAUGAGCCUUAGGGUGUUUGGAACUACAUGUGACAGUUUCAGAGGCUGCCAUUCUGGCUGGUUCAGAGUUUGAAAACUCUGGAGCCCAAGCCUUUGGAUUGUGUGGGCAGUGGGACUAAGCAGGUCCCCCCCUUUAAUCAUGAAGAAACCUUCUGUCCUUCUCAAAGAGACCAGCUCAACAAAUCAAAUUUGGCGCUUCUAGCUCAAGCUGGUUUUGAGCUGUGAAGGGGCAAAACAAUAUUAGGAAAUAUUUCAGAAAGUUGGCCCACCUCAUUUUCAGAUCUCCGUUAUCUUGUGAAUACCUCAGUCAGUCCUCAAGCUUCCCAGGAAGCUUCUACUGUUCCAUUGGAUCUUGCAGGGCAAUUUUCAGAUGGAUUUGUUAAUUCUGGUAAAGUUGAGCAAUUGGAUGUGUAAAAAUCAGCCUUAUAAUGGAACAAUUCAGAUCUCAAUUCUGAAAGAAAAGUUAGCCUUCCUGAAAAGAGAAUACAGCAAAACAUACAACAGGUUACAGCGUGCACAAAGAGCUGAGAGGGUUAAAAAUUAUGUUAAGAAAACGGUUGCAGAACAAAAUCGAUUGCUUAGGCAAGAGGAAACGGAGAAUAAUACCACAGAACUGAUGGAUAAACAGUCUCCCAAUGGUGGCAAUAAACCUGGAACAUGUAGGUUACAGACCAAUACCUGUUCUGACUCAGGCACUGAGAAAAAAAUGUCUGUCACAUUUAAACUUGAGCCUGAAUUCUUCAACAAUGAAGUUAACUUGCAGGAAAAUUCAUUGGCAGAAAGCACAAAUAGUGACCCAGAAAACAUCCCCUCUGACCUCAUGAGAUCUGUUAUUGAGGAGAACCAAAACCAACUGCCAAGGAGUAGAAUGACUUUGGUCUCAGAGGGGAGAGAAUCAGCUUGUGAAGUGCCACCAAUCAGUGCUGGGGAAACGUUGGAAAAUCAAAUGGCCAGUACAGAGGAGCCUGGGUCACCAGUAUUCAAGGGGAGGAACACCAUCUCAAACACCAAGAAUAAAAUUCAGAAGCCCCCCAGGCCGGUCAUUGUGAGGGAAGAAAAAGGUUUAACGCCUCAAGAGCCACAGAUAGGAGAUUUGCAGGAAAUGCCUGAAGAGAAUGUAUUUCUGAGUGUCCCCAAACCACUUUCAUACAUGUUGAUGGGUGGCAAUAACAUUCAGCAGCCUGUCUCUCCAUGUGCUGAGGACAUCUGUGAUAGCUAUGAGCCACUGCCCCAGUGUUUAGUGAGUGAUAUCCCUGUUUCACUUGAAAACAUUGAGAAUACAGGAAAAGAACUUGCCUGUAUAGAAAACCAAAUGGAUCGGGAAGAGUUGUGUAGGGCCUUGGAUUUAACCGCAGAUAAUCAAUCAUCCCCGGCAGGCAGAAGCAACCCUAGCACUAGUGAAAGCAGACCCCAUAACGAAAGAAACCACAAUGAGGCCAAUAGCUCAAGUCCUCUGAACACUGACUCUCUUCUGGAUGAUGUUGAAGAACCUUUGAGGAAUCAAGAGGCUCAGACUGAAGCAGGGUCUCCUGUCCUAGAGAAGACUCCUCCUGCAGCAGAAAGCGCACUGAGCUCUUGCACAAUGAUUGAAGGACUUCUCUUUCCUGUAGAAUAUUAUGUUAGGACAACUCGGCGUAUGUCUAAUUGCCAGAGGAAAGUAGACCUGGAGGCUGUCAUUCUCAGCCAGUUGGGCAGGAGCAGGAAAGGGCUGCGAAGUAAACAAAAGCAGAUAAAUUCAGAUCAGCUCUACCAAGAAACCACCAGAAGUGAUGUGCAGGCAAGAGGCACUCCCUUCCCUUUUCUAGGUGCAGAGAGUGACCCAGUGAGUUCAAGUAGUUCUCAGAAAUCUCUCCCUCCAUCAGAUGAGAGCAGCACCUCCAAUGGUUCUCUUUCUCAGAAGACUGUUAUUAGUACGAAACAAGCUAAGGGAAAAUCCUGGAGGAGAGGAAGGGGCAGAUGGGGUUCUACCUGCAGACCUGCACUGAAUGGGUCACAAGCACGUCCUGAGACUUCAGAUCUCACAGUGCUAAAGGAAAACAGUCAUCUCUUGUCAAAUGAUUCUCAACGUGAAAAGGAAAACUGUGAGGGUGACCCUGAGAGGUCACCUAUAUGCAAAACAAGGGUGAUUGUCCCUGCAGCUGGUGAGGCUCCAGAAGCGGAAAUGAUAGACGUUAUGUGGCCAACUGAGGCUGAUCUUCCUGAUGAAAGCCAAACAUUCAGCAAAUGCCAUCAGCCUCCAUUAGAACAUAUUCAAAAUCCACUCCAAGGAAAUAGUUUCUUAAAUCCAUGGGAUGAAGCUUUCCCCAGCCCCACACGAGAUCUGGAAGCCAAUGUAAACGUGAGUCAGGCUGAUAAACAGCCAGUGGGACACAUUAGGAAUCAGUGUGUGCAGAAAGUCUGCAGGGCUGAGCAGCUGCCAACCGUUAAAGAAUCUCUACCUCAGCACGAUCUCCCAACUUCCUCUGUGAAACGUAAAGUGAGGCCAGGAUCUAAAGGUAAAAGAGGGCGCAGUCAACAGAUGGACUUGGAAGGUCCAACUCCUCUAGGCCAUCUUGGUCUGGAUCCUAUGGCCUUUGAUCCUCCCUUUCGCUUCCAGAAUGAGAUGCUCAGUGUCAAGUGGCUGCCCUCGAAGCUGGACAUCAAAGACUUUCAGUUACCUGAUGAGGAGUUUGGUCUCCUUAAAUUUGAGAAACUACAAUCCUGCACAAUGAAACAGCUGGAGCCUUUUGUUCCUUCAGGGUCUGAACACUGGCCCCAGAGUGCUGGAGACACUGUGACUUUAGGGGACACGAGACUUAAACAAGUGAAUACAGAAGGGAAGAGUCUAGAAAAUAGCUUUAUUUCUCCUUCAAAGACGAUGUCACCUAAACAGCCUCACUUAGAAGGGCAGUUGCACAAGAAGGGGCUUUCUCCAAGGGAAUUGCUGCUAACUCCGGCAAGUACUGUCUUAGCUGGUGCAAUCAACCAGCUUGAAUCACAGAUUCACACACCUGCUUUCCCUGUCCUGGGUGCAACCCCAGCUAUCCUGUCACUGGUACACAAUGAGACCUUACCUGACACACUUUCUGUACUUCCUUUGCAAGUGAAAACGAAUCUCUUCAAAGAACCAGCCAGUCAUGUCGUGGACGGGAGGGAGUGUAAUAACUCCACAGGUGCAUUGCACUCAGAUAGCUGCAGACCAGGAUUUGACUGUAGGUUUGAUGAAGCUGUCACCCUCAAAGAGUAUCAGCAACCAGGGAAUGGUUCCAAGGAGUGCUGCAGUGCAGAGAAUAAACUGACAGCAGAGCAGUUGGCCGUGGCACUGAGUGACAACCUGAGAGACAGGAGCUUGCAACUGGCCUCAAAGCUAAAGAACCCCUCAAGUUCUUGUGCUGUGGACGUGAGCACUGUCUGGUGGGAAUCAGCUGGCUGCACAGAGCUGUGUAUCAUAACUGCUUGUGAGACUUCCAUUUCCCUGUGGAAACCUCUGGCUUCCAACCAGUGGAGCAAGGUGUGCACCUGGCACCUUACAGAGAUUCCAGUAAUACAAAUUGUUCCCUUGCCAGAUGUCUGUAAUCUUGUGUGUGUUGCCUUGGGAGAUCUGGAGAUUGGAGAAAUAAGGCUCUUGCUUUGUUCUUCUGAAGACGGCUCCUUAAAGCAGUCCCUAGUGAAAACCGGGAACAUAAAAGCUGUUCUUGGUCUGACAAACAGGAGGCUGGUCAGUAGUAGUGGGACACUUCAAGACCAGCAAAUCGAGAUAAUCUCAGUUUCGGAGGCAGGAAGAAGCAAUGAGAGGCAGACUUUGAUGCCCCCAGAAGAAACCAUUCUGGCUUUUGCUGAGGUAGAAGGGAUUAGAGACGCUUUGGUUGGCACAACUGGAGUGAACAGCCUUGUUGUUUGGAACUUGAAAACUGGCCAGAUUCUGAAAAAGAUGCACUUUGGUUAUUCCUAUCCUGCUUCAAUCUGCCAUCGCGUCUAUUCUGACUCUGGCCUCCUGUUUGUUGUUUUAAGUCACCCACAUGCCAAAGAGAAUGAGUCCUGUGGAAACCCUGCAUUCCGGAUGAGAGUGUUCAAUCCCAAAACAGCCAGAAGUACUGGGGUAAUGUUCUUCUCCCUCCCCCCUGGACACAGCGGAAGGUACCUGGAAGGCGAAGUGAAGGGUGUCUCUGCAGCAGCUGUGCUAACAUCUGGAGCAAUUGCAGUGUGGGACUUAUUUUCAGGCCAAUGUACUGCUCUACUUCCACCAAACACGGAGGGGAAUUGGUCUUUGGUCAGGUGGUCAGUCACAGAUUCCUGUCUCCUGGCUGGACAGAAAGACGGAAGCGUGUAUGUGUACCAUUAUUCACAAGCCAAGGCAGUAGGAAAGUCAAUGGGUAAUACGAUGGAUUCUAAAACGAACAGGAGAAUUUGCACUGAUAAUCUAAAGUAAAUUGAGCUGGAUAGGAUCCUGUGUUGAAGAAAGAUUCCUCAGUGUCAUCUGUUCACUUUCCCACAAGUAAACUGUGUUUUUUUCCCACUUUAAGUCAGGUUCACAUGGUCUGUGAGAUGAUGCUGGUCAACCUGGCUGACUUUGAAUGUGUCUUGUCUUGCUCACUAGAUCUGUGAAGCCAAUGGCACUGUUUAACAGUGAUUAGCUAGAUCUACCCGUUUGCAUUCAGGGUUUGUAUAUUUCAUUGUGAAAAGCAUUUUCAGUGGAUUAUCUAGAUGUAAGAUGCUAUUAAACUUUAUUUUUGUAAACUC